UCGCCCGAAUGUUCAGCACAGGUGUCGAUCAUGGCUCACCUGCCGGGUAGAGUGUGGGAUCCGUUAUGCAGAGUGCCAUGCCAACGGAUGCGAAGGAUGGCAGGGAUCCCGUUCAGUCUCCAGUUGUUCAAGCCAAGCGACCGACAAUUCUCCAUCAGAAGCCAACGCUCGGUUGAUGGUCCCCUCCCGUUUGAAGCAGGAGAUUGUGGUUCCACUCUAAAUCGUGGCGCGGCUGCCUUUCCGCUCCCCGCUCGUCCCGCGACAUGGGGUGUUGUAUCACAAACGACAAAAGCAACAUGGCAGGAGCGCGGUUGCAAUCACUGCGCGUACUGUGCGAGUCAUGCUUCCUACACCUCAAAGCGUUGUCUCCAGUUCUUAAAAGUCCUUCAAGCAGCUGAAGCUACUUAAGAGCAGCUCAGAGUUCACUAGCCAUCAUGCUCGCUGCCCUGAUCUCUUUGUCGCUCCUUCUGCUCUCAGCCUCUGUCACAGGAUCAACCGCAUUCGAGAAGAAAUGCCUCGCGUUCGAGCCUGAGAAGUUUGUUCCUGGAGCAACACGCAACGUUCUUCAGUAUGUUGCCGCCAACACCACACUGACCUUUCCGGACAAUGUUGCAGCCUGUAACCGUGGGACUCAGGCGGUAACAGCCAACAUUUGCCGUGUAGCCCUGUCAAUCAACACUUCCAAACAAUCGAACAUCACAUUCGAGGCUUGGCUGCCUGAGGACUGGUCAGGGCGCUUUCUCGCCACUGGCAAUGGAGGUAUUGAUGGAUGCAUCAAGUAUGAGGACAUAGCUUAUACCUCAUCCAACGGCUUCGCAGCAGUCGGCUCGAACAAUGGAAAGAAUGGUACAGAUGGACUGCCCUUCUUCAACAACCCUGAGACGGUGAUCGAUUUUGCUUGGAGAGCACUUCACACGAGCGCAGAUGCUGGAAAGUCACUCGUAACGAAGCUAUAUGGCAAGUCACACUCAAAGUCAUACUACCUCGGCUGUUCUCUCGGAGGACGACAGGGCAUCAAGAGCGCUGAAAAAUUCCCCGAUGAUUUUGAUGGUAUCGUCGCAGGAGCGCCAGCUGUGGACUUCAACAAUUUGGUGUCGUGGAGAGCACGCUUCUUCACCAUCACUGGCGCUGUCGGUUCACCAGACUUCAUACCAGCCACAGCGUGGAAGACGUGGAUCCAUGACGAAGUACUGAGGCAGUGCGACACAAUCGACAAGGCAAAAGACGGCAUCAUUGAGGACCCAAUGUUGUGCAACUUUAACCCUUCGACUUUACUCUGUAAGGGAAACAGCACCGGCAACUGCCUCUUAGGUCCACAUGUCCAGCAGCUGAAGAAGAUCUUCAGCGACUACAGGUUCCCGAACGGCCAGUUAAUCUUCCCAGCUAUGCAGCCAGGUAGCGAAGUUCUUGCUGUCGACCGACUGUACGCUGGAGCGCCUUUCGCAUAUUCUGCAAACUGGUUCAAAUACGCUUUAUACAACGACCCAGCUUGGAACGCAUCCACGUUUGAUUUUGACGAUGUGCGAGCGGCGGAAAGCCUCAACCCAGGCGACAUUCGCACUUAUCCUAUCAGCCUCUCGGGAUUCGAACGACGAGGAGGGAAAAUCGUGACAUACCAUGGCCAGCAGGACAACCAGAUCACCACGUUCAACACGAUCCGCUGGUACAACGACCUGAAAGGCUACAGUAGCACAGCGGCUAUGGACAGAUGGAUCCGCUUCUUCCGCGUCUCAGGCAUGAACCACUGCAACUCAGGGCCAGGUGCGUGGGUUUUGGGCCAGGGUGGUAAUGCUGCUGCGGCCGGCGUGCCCUUCGAGCGGAAAAAGAACGUCCUCAAAGCUGUCGUGGACUGGGUCGAACAAGGAGUAGCGCCACCGUACAUCGAAGGUACCAAGUUUGUGAACGAUACCGUGUCUCUUGGUGUUGACUUUACAAGGCGGCACUGCAAGUAUCCAUUGCGCAACACAUUCGUCGGUGCGAAUUUCAAAGAUCCAGAGAGCUGGAAGUGCACGUAG